CGCCAAAAUUUAGAAAAGCACAAACAAAAAAGAGAUGGACGCUAAAAUAGAGAAAAAAAGGUCAAGUCUUAAACCCUAACUCUCAAUUUCAAUUUACAACUCUCUCUAUAUUCAUUUCAUUACUUGGAUUACGGGCAAAUUAAACCAUUUCAACGAUAUCCGCAACUUGUAAGUUUUAAGAUUGAAUUCUUGAUUCUUCACAUGUUUUAGCAAGAAUUCCCAAUUAAUCUGUUUCAACAUUAGUAAGCUCAACAAAAACUUUCCAGAUUUUGGAGAUUAAUUUCUGAUUUCUUGAAAGUGAAUUGCAUUUUAGGGGUUGUAUCAAUUCAUUUCUUCUUGAAAUACAACAAUUAGCAGGAAUAAGCAUAAGCUUUUUUUUCUUCUGUCUUACAAUGCAAUUUGUUGCAUAAUAUUAUGCUGCAUAGGAAAAAAAUUCUGUUCUCAGAUGCAGUUGCUUAUUUUAGACAUUCAUUUUACCGCCUGAAGUUUGCAUCUAUUUCAUCUCUUCAGCCUUCCGAACCAAAUGUUCACACCUUUCCUGGAUGUAUUUCCUUUUUACAAUUGUUUGCUCGGCAUUCGAACCUGUACAGUGGCAAAGAACUUCAUUCAUGGAUGCUCAAACACGAUUUUUUGGAUUCCCCUUUAUCGAUUACGAGCCUCAUUAACAUGUAUUCAAAGUGCUAUCACAUGCCCUAUGCUUUAUCGGUUUUCCUGACAUCUAAAAAUCUUCAUAAUGUCUAUACUUACAAUGCAAUAAUUUCUGGGUAUGUUGGCAAUAGCUUAAAUGAAGAAGGUUUUCAGCUUUAUAUGUAUAUGAGGCAUCAAGGUGUACAGCCAGACAAGUUUACUUUUCCCUGUGCGAUUAAGGGUUGUUCAGAAGUUGUAGAGGUCAAGAAGAUUCAUGCUUUGUUGUUUAAGUUUGGGUUGGGGUUGGAUGUGUACAUUGGCAGUGCCUUGGUUAACUGUUAUUUGAAAUUUAGGGCUAUGGAUGAAGCUUAUUGUGUUUUUGAUGAGUUGAUUGUGAGGGAUGUUGUGCUUUGGAAUGCUAUGAUUAAUGGUUAUGUUCGUAUUGAGGAAUUCAGAAUGGCUUUGGAUAUAUUCAGGAGGAUGUAUAAGGAUGAUGUCAUGCCUAAUAAUUUUACAGCUACAGGGGUUUUAUCAGCUUUGGCCAUGAGUGCAGAUGUUGAUAACGGAUGUGCAGUCCAUUGCUUUGUGAUAAAGAAGGGUUAUGAGUCGGUUGUUGCAGUAUCAAAUGCAUUAAUUGAUAUGUAUGGGAAAUGCAAAUGUGUUGAUGCUGCUUUUAGGAUCUUUGAGUUGAUGGCAGAAAAAGAUUUAUUCUCAUGGAAUACGCUUAUAAGUGUUCAUGAACAAUCUGGUGAUCAUCAUGGAACACUGGAUCUUUUUCAUAGGAUGUUAGACACGGGUGCUAGACCUGAUCUGGUUACCUUAACAACAGUUCUUCCUGCUUGCUCUCAUUUGGCUGCUUUGUUGCAUGUUAAGGAGAUCCAUAGGUAUAUGAUUGUUAAUGGAUUUGGAUGUAGCAAAAAUGUUGAUGGUUUUGACAACUUGCUUGUAAACAAUGCUCUUAUGGAUGUGUAUGUGAAAUGUGGUAGUAUGAGGUAUGCAGACAGGGUUUUUAACAAGAUGGAUGUAAGAGAUGUGGCGUCAUGGAACAUCAUGAUCAUGGGAUUUGGCAUGCAUGGUCUUGGCAAUGAGGCACUAUCUAUGUUUGACUUAAUGUGUUCAGAAAAUAUUGCACCUGAUGAGAUCUCAUUUAUUGGUAUUCUGUCAGCUUGUAGUCAUGGAGGCUUUCUGACAAGGGGCCGCGAAUACCUAUCUCAGAUGGAGUCUGUAUAUGGGUUGGUUCCAACUAUUGAACAUUACGCGUGUGUGGUUGACAUGCUUGGUAGGGCGGGGCAGCUUGAUGAGGCUUAUGAAUUGUUAUUGACUAUGCCUAUUGAGAGUAAUGCUGUUAUAUGGAGGGCUUUCUUAGCAGCAUGUAGGCUCCAUGGGAAUCCUUAUUUUGCUGAGGUUGCUGCUAAGCAUAUAUAUGAACUUGACCCUGAACACUGUGGGAGUUAUGUAUUGAUGUCAAAUAUUUAUGGAGCAUCUGGUCAAUAUGAAGUGGUGUCAGAUUUAAGAUUGACAAUGAAGGGACAGAACAUAAAGAAAAAGCCAGGUUAUAGUUGGGUUGAGGUCAAUAACAGUGUGCAUAUCUUUGCUAAUGGUGACCACGACCAUCCUGAAGCUAACUCAAUCUAUGCCAGUCUGGACUCAUUGAUUGCUCCUCUUUGUGAGCAUGGGUAUGCGCUGUCUGUCUAAUACACGGAACUCCCUAUCUUAUCAAGGAUGGGGCACAAUUGAAGUUCAUUUUUAUUCAACAAUAUGCUGGUUAGAUGAAGCUGAGGGUGCUAAGGAGUACAAGUAUGGAUUUAGGAAGUUAGAAAUGGCACUGAAGUGAUUUAGUGCAUGUUGCUCCUAAUGGCUAUUAUGCAGCACAUUGGACUGACGACAUGGCUUGGUUGAUUCUGUUGUUCCAGCUGUGAGAACAAGCUGCAGUCGUAAGUUAUAGCUCAAUGCACUAGCAAGCAAAGAGUUUUUGUCAUGAACCUCCGGAAACAAGCUGAACAUGAUGCUGAGCUUGUUGUUUCGAAGUAUUUAGGUGAGUCAUUUUUGUUUUCUCAAUGGAUCAUCUGCUUUCAUCAGCUGACCUCUGCAUAAUGGCAGAAUUAAACCAAUUGGACAUGGUGCAUUUUCUUUAUCAUUUGCUUAUCAGCCCUUUAUUUUAUAAGAAAUUAACAGAGCUUGGUCAUAGAACUCAGAAGGCCAGGGAAGGAUUAGAGGGGAGGAGGAGAAGAAGGGGUACAUUGCUAUUAACAGUUACGUGACAUUUUUUAAAGUGUGUAGCUAUUUCCUCUGAUCCUUUUGUUCUGUUCUUCAACUCUUGCACAUUUUAAUUUGCUAAGAACUUAGGUAUGCGCUGUUGAAUGUUCGCUUAUUUAUGCUGCCUUAACAUGGUCCGUUGAAUGCAUGUUACUUCUGCAGCUGAGGUUUAUUUCCCCGUCUACCACUAAUUGCUUGGACAGACCACAGACAAGCUCUGGCUUUUAUAGUUGUUGCUUACUCUGUAAUGACAUAUUGUUUUGUUCUGCAUAGUUUCUUUGUAACUGCUUAUCGUUCUCUGUACUUCAUGUUUGUAGAGCUUAUUACAUGUAUCAUUUUUUCCUCUACCCACCAUUCGAGAUAUUCUUGGAUUGUGGAGCUAGAACUAGAAUGUUUCAGUAAAAUGCGUGACUCAUAAAGUUUUCACCUUUCUUAAAGUUUGGUCUGCUGAUGUUUUCUCUUUUCUCUCUGUCUCCUAAAAUACAAAUGCACUCUAUGGUUUUGUUGAAAUCUUUAGCAUGCAAAUAUGUCACUCUGGAGAGAAGGUUUUGCUCGUGCUAUAUGGUUGAUUUCGAUUGAGCCUAGACACUUUCGGUAAUUGGUUUUUUGACCUUUUCACCCCUCUUGAAGGCAAAGGAUGUGGCUGGCAUAUAGGGUUGUCCUGAUGAAAGUGACCAUUGAAACCUCCCCUGCUGAUGUGUAUUGGAUUCGCAUCUUAUGUUGGGUUCUUUCGGUCUUUUUUGUUUCUGACUUCCAUGUUUUGAUUAGCUUAAUCUUAAUUUUCUAAGUAUUUUUUAAGAGGAUCAGCUUUUUUUUUGUAAUUAAUUAGCACUAGUCCCCAUUAUGUGUUAUUUAAAGUUAAGCUUAAACUUUUAGAUUAGUUAGGUAGUUAACUCGGAUUGUGCGAUUUAUAGUCCCUUGUAAUCCAGUAUUUGUAAGCUUAAUAACCUUAAUUAGUGCUAAAAGUAUGUGAGCAAGCAGGUGUCGGAAGUGGCUAAACACCUAUGUGCUUGAAAACUUUGGAGCUUACACACUGAAGGAGGAAACCUCCUCAUUGAAUACGUGUAAAUUAGCGAUUCAUCCGUUGCAACCUUCUUUCUUUUAGCAGCUGUUUUUCUAUGAACCAUUUGAAGUGUUUUCACAUUGGUUGGUUGCACUCUUCAUGUGUAGGAGGGUAGUGGUUUCAAGUGACUUUGCAAGCAACCAAUGGCAAGAAAGCUCAGAUUUUUUAUGUGUGCCCAGCCGGAAUUUUCAUUUGCUUAGCUUAGAAGUUUCUUUGGUUUUCUUUACUUGUUUUUGUACUUUAGGUGCUUUACUUUCUCAUAUAAAUACCCUUUAAGGUGUUAGCUUGUAAAACCAGAUUAUGUUCAAUGAAAAUUGAGGUUUUCGCUUGUUGGA